UUAUUGUUAUGUUUGCAGGAGUGGCAGUCAUGGCUCACACAUUGAGCUGGUCCCUGUUGUGUUUUGGUUUGCUGAGCGUCUGGGCUCAGGACUUCUAUGAGGAACGGACCGGGCCAACAAGAGUCAAGACCGGAGGACAGACGGCGGGCAAACUGCAAAAACAUGAUGGUCAAUCUAUCCUGGAUGAGGACUGCAGUCUGGAGUUGGGCUUUCUACUGGACAGCUCUGAGACGGCCAAGGACAACCACCAGCAAGAGAAAAAGUUCACUAUGGACAUUAUAGAAGGCCUCCAGAGCAUCCGCUUGGAUACAGGCCGCAAACUCAGCUGGAGAGCGGCCCUGCUUCAGUACAGCAGCCACGUCAUAAUCGAGCAGACCUUCAAACAGUGGAGAGGCUCGGAGAACUUCAAGAGCAGCAUCGCACCGAUGGCCUACAUCGGCCACGGCACUUACACCACCUACGCCAUCACCAACAUGACCAAGAUAUUUGUGGAAGAAUCGAGCCCACAAAGCAUCAAGAUUGCCCUGCUGCUAACCGAUGGCUUCUUUCAUCCCAGAAACCCUGAUAUCUUCUCUGCUAUGGCUGAUGCAAAGAACCAGGGCGUGAAGGUCUUCACAAUCGGCAUCACUCAUACUGCCAAUGAGCCUGCCAACACAGCAAACCUGAGACUGCUGGCAAGUACGCCAGCCUCCAAAUUCCUGUAUAAUCUGCAGGACACGAACGUCAUGGAAAAAGUCAUUAUUCAGAUUGCUCAGCUGGCAAACGAUGGGUGUCCUCUGUCCCAGAAGUGUGUGUGUGAGAAAGGCGAGAGAGGACCCGGUGGCCCAGCGGGAAAGAAGGGUCGCCCAGGAGAGGACGGGACCCCUGGGGCUAAAGGUCAUAAGGGUGAUCCUGGUUUGAGUGGACUUCCUGGUCGUGAGGGUACAGAGGGGAAACCAGGCUACAAAGGAGAGCAGGGUGAAAGAGGAGAAUGUGGAACCCCAGGAAUCAAAGGAGACCGGGGUCCUGAAGGUCCAGUUGGCACACAGGGGUCCAGAGGUCUGCAGGGUUUACCAGGACCACAGGGGGACAUCGGACCAGAGGGCUCACAGGGAAAGAAGGGUGAGCGUGGCCCUGCUGGCCCACCUGGAAUACAGGGCGACAGUGGAAUUGGACUUCCUGGAACAAAGGGAGAUAUGGGAUUUCAGGGGAGAUCAGGUCCUCCGGGUCCACCAGGCAUCGGCGAGCCAGGUCUGCCUGGGCCUCAAGGGCCACACGGGGUUCAAGGUGAGAAAGGACCACAAGGAGAGGGUUUUCCAGGUCCAAAGGGGGACCGGGGUCUGGAGGGGCCGAAGGGACCAAGAGGACAGCCGGGCCCGGGAAUCAAAGGCGAUAAGGGUGAGCUGGGGCCUCCAGGUUUGCCAGGACCAAUUGGACUCACAGGCCUUGGCAUUCAGGGUGAAAAGGGUGUUGAGGGUCCGAGGGGGCCUCCGGGAGGUAGAGGAACACCAGGAGAGGGCAUCCCUGGUCCCAAGGGAGAACAAGGUUUACCAGGAGAGAUGGGGGCGCCAGGAGAAAGAGGGCAGGGCGAAUCCGGACCAAAGGGUGAGCCUGGUUCAUCUGGCCUUGCCGGGGUACCUGGACUUCCCGGGGAGGACGGUGGUCCAGGACAAAAGGGUGAGCCUGGGGCAUCAGGUUUGAGGGGACCUGAAGGGGCUACUGGAAUUGGCACUCAAGGAGAGAAGGGAGAUCAGGGCCAACGUGGCAUUCGAGGGUUGCCAGGUUCUCCUGGCAUAAGUGGCCCCUCAGGAGCAAAGGGAGAGCCAGGCACACCAGGAAGACUGGGCAUGCCGGGAUUUCCUGGACGAGCUCUUGCAGGAUCAAAGGGUGAUGUGGGUCCCACGGGUCCUCCCGGACCGAUUGGAGAGACUGGUUACGGCUUGCCUGGUCCAAAGGGUGAUCGAGGUAACCCAGGCCCUCCCGGACCAUUCGGGCCUAAAGGUGAAGGAUUCCCUGGUCCAGUGGGUCUGCCUGGUUUUCCAGGCCCAUCAGGCGAGCCCGGCCCCGAGGGCAUCGGGAUUCCUGGACCAAAGGGAGAUGUUGGAUUCAGGGGUUUGCCUGGUUUGCCAGGACCACCUGGUGAAGGACUGCAGGGAAAGCCGGGCAACAUGGGAAGACCAGGUCCUCCAGGGCCACACGGACCCCCAGGGGAAGGUAUUCAGGGGCCCAAAGGUGAUCAUGGGGGUCCUGGAGUGACAGGACCGAGGGGCCCAUCAGGAGAAGGACUUCCAGGCUCCAAGGGCGAUCGUGGUUUGCCUGGGGAAAGGGGCUUUAAAGGAACCAAAGGUGAUUUCGGUGACCCAGGGACUCCAGGACUAGCAGGAAGACCAGGAUUCAAGGGCGAACAAGGACUCACGAGAGAAGACAUUAUCAAGCUGAUCAAGGAGAUUUGUGGAUGUGGUAUCAAGUGCAAGGAAAGGCCCAUGGAGCUGGUGUUUGUGAUUGACAGCUCUGAGAGCGUGGGCCCGGAAAACUUUGAGAUCAUCAAGGACUUUGUCACGGCCUUGGUGGACCGUGUCACAGUGGGCCGUAAUGCCACGAGAAUUGGUCUCAUUAUUUACAGUUUGGAAGUCCAUCUGGAGUUUAACCUGGCCAGGUAUAUGACGAAGCAGGAUGUGAAGAAGGCGAUCAGGAACAUGCCUUACAUGGGAGAGGGCACCUAUACAGGGACUGCCAUCCGCAAAGCCACACAAGAGGCCUUUUACAGCGCCAGGAACGGUGUCAGGAAAGUAGCCAUCGUCAUUACGGAUGGACAAGCGGAUAAAAGGGAAUCCGUUAAGCUGGAUAUUGCAGUACGUGAGGCUCAAGUGGCCAAUAUUGAGAUGUAUGCGCUGGGAAUCGUGAACACCUCUGACCCAACGCAAGCAGAGUUCCUGAGAGAGCUCAACCUCAUUGCCUCUGACCCGGACAGUGAACACAUGUUCCUCAUUGAUGACUACAACACGCUGCCAGCUCUGGAGUCUAAGCUGGUCAGCCAGUUCUGUGAGGAUGAGAACGGGGCCCUCUUCUUCAACAAGAUUACCAACGGCUUGAACGGAAACAACGGCUAUGUCUACAAUAACGGCCAAAAAGACGUUUACUCGUACGGGAACAAUGUUUAUGGGAACAGAUUUCAGGAGUCACUGGACAGAUCGGCGGGUCACACCAGAGGCAGAGGACACAGCAUUCCUCUUCCCAUCAACCCUGGCCCUCUCAAAGCACAGGUGGAGAGUGACUAUGAAGCAGAGGAUCAUGACAUAAAGACACAAACUCAAAGUGGAGGCACCAUUGCUGUUGUCAAUAAGACUGUCCAACCUGUGCAGCAAGGAACCUCUUCGUCAUCAUCAGUAUCUUCAUCAGUGUCCACAGUGUCUACCUCGGUGAAUGUGAACGCAAAGCCUCGUCCUGUAGUGAUAAAAGAAUCAGCUCCCCUGGAUCCUCGGUGUCUGCUCAGUCUCAGUCAGGGUUCCUGUAGAGACUACAUCAUUCGCUGGUACUACGACAAACAGGCAAACGCUUGUGCUCAGUUCUGGUAUGGAGGCUGUCAGGGCAACGACAACCGUUUCCACACUGAAGAAGAAUGCAAGAAGACGUGUGUCCUCACCAGCACAGCUGGCUAAACUGGAUGAAGAUCUACAUCGGUCAUUCUACACUCAACCUCAAUAAAUGAACUUUAUGCUGGUGAUGAUGUACCUCGAUGACAGAUGCCCCCUUCAGUCACUUCUUUUUAUAUCCUAAAAAUGUUCCCCAACUUUAAAUCUUUCCCGCCAGCGAUUUUUAUUUAAAAAAAGUUGCUAGCCAACACCAGCAUCUUUGAUCAUUUUUCAAAAAAACUUUCAUGGCCUCCAGAAUAUUUUGUUGUAAGAAUAUCUGAACCUACAAUAUAUUAAAAAAAAUGAACAGAGCCUCUGCUUUGAAAACAAACAAACAAAAAACAUUUUAUUCUAGAUUUAUCCAUUCUUUUUUAUCAAAACUUGAAUAAUGAGUAAGUUUCACCAAAAA